AUGGCGAUCUUGGAUCAGGAACACCAGCAGCGGAUCCCUGUGAAGGUCACAGCCUUCCGUCAGUUUGCUGCGAACUUGAUGGCUCAGCUGACGGAGCAGUGUGCUGGCAGCACCAAGACUUCAACUUUGGCCAACCAGGGCAGUUGUAAACGUUUCUUUACUGCAGUUGCAAAGGUUGCAGAGCUGUUGGGAUUCAAGUCGACACAGGCCUUGUUUGGCCCUGUACAGCCGAUCUAG